AGUUGUUCUCUCGCGUACGUGAUAAGCGCCGUUGCUUCGUGGAAAUAACAAUAUUUGUAUUUCGAUGUGAAAUAUAUAGCAAUGUGUAAUGUACUAUCAGUUCAGAAUACAUCACCAUUGAUACGUUCUCUCUGUAACACGAAUAUUAUUCUUGCGAAUCAGUGAUCAGAUGACUUUACCAUAUGUUUCAAAUCAUUCGACAAUCGACAAAUUCUCUUAUAACUCUUCAAUAAACAUUACUAUCACAUUACGCGUCACGUUUUAAAUGAAAGGAAUAAUUGAGCCGCAUCCAUCACAGAUGUAUAAAAAUGUCAACAGAAGGAAGCGGAGAGACUCCCUCGACGGUGCCAUGUUUACCAGGAGCACCCGAACAAACAUAUCUAUUUCCGAAAGUAAAAGGACACUCGAGGUCCAUAAGCCAUGGUGGCACUCCCAUACUAGCCGGGAAUACGACCACGGCCCGGCCGCCCUUAAAAUCUGCACUGAGAGGUCAUCAGCGAGCUUUGUCUCAUGGUCAAAUUGGCGAAGGUCCACGCGCCGGGUCAGGACCCGGUCACAGUCGCACUGGCAGCCGCACAGACUUCAUCUUGCCACCAGGUCAUCGCGAACCAGUACCUGCAAGUGCCCAACCAAGACUGGGAUCUGUACGCGCUCAUCACUCACGACAAGCAUCCCGCUCUGAUUCCAUAUACACAAUAAGAAGAACUUCCGUUGUUGGCCCAUGGCGGCGUGCAGCCUUUUGGUUGUUGAGAAGACAACAGCCUGUUAUUGAUAAUUGUCAUAUGACUGUAGUACCAAACCAUUUAGUGCCAGAUAAAACACCACCAAAAGACCAUCCUAAUGGACAUAGGUGCAACAAUAAAAUUAGGACUACUAAAUACACCUUACUGUCAUUUUUACCAAAAAAUUUAUUUGAACAGUUUCAUAGGAUCGCAAAUGUGUAUUUUAUUUUUAUUGUGUUGUUGAACUGGGUGCCAGCUAUAAGUGCAUUUGGCAAGGAAGUGGCUAUGCUACCUGUGUUGUUUGUGUUAGGUGUGACGGCUAUUAAAGACUUGUUUGAAGAUCGGAGAAGACACAUGUCAGACAAGAGAAUCAACAAUUCAUUUUGCAGAGUAUACAAGAAAUCAGCCGAAAGAUAUGUUAAGGUGAAAUGGAGGGACGUUCGAGUCGGUGACCUCGUUCACUUGUCUAACAACGAAGCGGUGCCAGCUGAUAUGGUGCUGCUGCACUCCUCCAAUCCAAUGGGGAUCUGCUACCUGGACACGUGUAAUCUGGACGGAGAGACAAACUUGAAACAGAGAAUCGUCGCACCGGGCUUCAGAGAAAAGCGACUCGAUUUUAAUCCAAUGAAAUUCAGAAGUUCAAUAGAAGUCGAAAGACCAUCAACGAAAAUCUACAGGUUUACGGGUACAAUAUCCCAUCCGAACGGCGAAAGGGUGCCACUGAAUUCGGAAAAUUUACUUUUAAGGGAAUGCACGAUCAAGAACACGGAUUACGUCGAGGGUAUCGUUGUGUACGCGGGACACGAGACCAAAGCCAUGCUGAACAACGGGGGACCGCGAUACAAAUGCUCCGGUCUGGAGAAGAAAAUGAACACAGACGUGAUUUGGUGUGUUUUAGUGCUUCUAUUCCUCUGCUGCGUUGGCGCCGCGUGCUACAAAGUCUGGUUGGACCAAUACUUUCCCAAUUUACUAAGAUAUACGCUUUUCAUUCCGCAAGCCGACAAACCACCGGCGUACGAAGGCCUACAGAUAUUCUGGACCUACAUUAUAAUAUUACAAGUCAUGAUACCAAUAUCUCUGUACGUGACUAUUGAGAUGACGAAACUAUUGCAAGUCUAUCAUAUACAUCAAGAUAUAGAAAUGUACGAUCCGGAGACGAACAUCAGAACCGAAUGCCGAGCGCUCAACAUAACUGAGGAACUGGGACAGAUAAGUUACCUGUUCAGCGAUAAGACCGGAACGUUGACAGAGAACAAGAUGGUGUUUAGGAGAUGCACCGUUAACGGUGUCGAUUACGAUCACCCGCCCGGGCCCCCCGCGGAACCAUCGACCGAACUCCCGCCCAUUGUAACUCCUCUAACCCAAGUAUCGCCCAAUCGAAGACUGCUCCAACAUCUAAACGACACAAACGAUGCCCAACACACGCAAAAGGUUCGCGAGUUCCUCUUGAUUUUGGCCGUCUGCAAUACGGUGGUCGUGAGUCAGCCUCACGUGGACACGAUGCAGCUCAGCAUGUCGAAUUCGGGCGAAGAACUGACGAACAACAGGAAACCAUCGAGAUCGAAUGGUACAUUACGAUCAAACGACAAGUAUGCUCGAUUAACGGAAUCGCGAUCGACGACGCCCUCGCCACCGCCCUCCACCGUUUCCCCCCUAAAGAUACGUCUGCCUAAACUGACGUUUGGUAGCAGAGACGACAACACCAGUGAACCGAGUACAUCUACUGAACAACAGAUCGCUCGUUUUGAAGCCGAAAGCCCUGACGAGUUAGCACUCGCCGAGGCGGCUCUCGCGUACGGCUACGAGCUGAGAAGCAGGUCGCCUGACGAGGUCGAGGUCGGGAUCAAGGGGGAGGUGAGCCGCCUGAAGGUGCUUCGGGUGCAGCAGUUCGACUCCAACCGGAAAUGCAUGUCCGUCGCGAUGCGGACGCCUACCGGUCAAGUAGUUUUGUACGUAAAAGGCGCUGAUAGCACAGUGCUGGGCGCCUUGGCACCGAUGCGGGCCGGCUCGGCGGAGGCGGCGGCGUGCGAGCGCACCCGCGCCCUCAUCAGCGAAUACUCGCGCGCCGGCCUCCGCACGCUGGUCAUGGCCAAGCGGACCAUGCAGCCCGCGCUCUGGGAGGAGUGGCUCGCCAGCCAUACUAGAGCUUCGGAGAUCGGAGAAGGCCGCGAUAAGAGGAUACGCGACUCGUUGACUCGGCUCGAGAGUGCCCUGACGCUGGUGGGGGCCACGGGGGUCGAGGACCGGCUGCAGGAAGACGUGCCGCGCACCGUCCGGGCGCUGCUCGACGCCGGGAUCAUCGUGUGGGUGCUGACCGGGGACAAGCCGGAGACCGCCAUCAACAUAGCGUACUCCGCCUCUCUGUUCUCGCAGAGCGACCGGCUGUUGCACCUCAUGUCCAGGGAUAAGGAGCACGCGGAGUCCACGAUCAAGAGUUACCUGGAGGGGGGUGUGGGGGGUGCGGGGCGCGCGCUGGUGGUGGACGGGCGCACGCUCACGUACAUCCUGGACCGGCGCUCGGGGCUGGUGGCGCCGUUCCUGUGUCUGGCGCGGCGCUGCUCCGCCGUGCUGUGCUGCCGCGCCACGCCGCUGCAGAAGGCCUGCAUCGUCAAGGCGGUGAAGGAAGAGCUCGGCGUGACGACGCUAGCCAUAGGCGAUGGCGCCAACGACGUCUCCAUGAUACAAACGGCUGACGUCGGUGUCGGUCUGUCUGGCCAGGAAGGUAUGCAGGCGGUGAUGGCUUCGGACUUCGCGCUGUCGAGGUUCAAGUUCAUAGAGCGGCUGCUGCUCGUACACGGACACUGGUGCUAUGACCGGCUCGCCAGGAUGAUACUGUAUUUCUUCCUCAAAAAUGCCACGUUCGUGUUCAUGGUGUUCUGGUACCAGCUGUACUGCGGCUUCUCAGCGACGGUGAUGAUCGACCAGCUGCACCUCAUGGCCUACAACCUCAUGUUCACCGCGCUGCCACCCAUCGUCAUCGGUGCGUACGACCGCGUGGCGCCGGCGUCGCUGCUGGGCGAGGUGGCGGGGCUGUACGGCGCGGCGCGGCGCGGGCUCGCCUACCGCCCGCACUCCUACUGGCUGGUGCUCGCCGAGUCGCUCUACAUCAGCCUCGUGGUGUUCUUCAGCGUCGCGACCGCCUACUGGGACUCCGCCGUCGACAUCUGGUCCUUCGGCCUCUGCUGCAUGACCUGCUGUCUCGUCGUCAUGCUGGUCUACGUCGCCAUCGAGACCAGGAGCUGGACAAUAAUUCAAGUGUUCGCCCUGACCGGUUCGUUGAUGUCCUUCUUCUUGUUAACGAUGGUGUACCAGACGGUGUGCAGGCCGUGCCUUGGGAUGCCCUCCACCUAUGGAGUCAUGAUGAACACAGUCAAAGAUCCGACCUACUGGCUGUUGCUCGUAUUGACCACGGUCGCUGCAUUGGCGCCCAGGUUGUCGUACCACGCCAUCCGCAACUCGGUGCGGCCGGGCACGCUGCGGCGCGCGGUGGCGGCGCGGCGCCGGCCCCGCCUGCCUUACGCCGCGCACUACCGCUCCGCGCACGCGCAGGCGCACGUCUACAGGUCGACCGAUGAAGAUGGACUGCAGAAGAGCAGCGCGGACGUGGCGGCGGUCACGUGACGCAGCCAGCGGUGCGGCCUGCUCGCGGCCUGCGGUCUCUGUGUGCUCGCCCUCCCGCGGCGCCCGGCUUCUUGAACCUUACCCACCACGCCUCCACCAGCCGCCAUUCUUGUUAGUCUAAACAUAAUCCCUAAUACUAAACUGGGACAGCCCUAGCGAUUGCCACCGCGGGUUAGUUAAAUGUGGAUAAGGUGUCAUGAUCGGAUCUUGCUUCUCGACGGGUCUGAGGAAGCCUCCAACAAUCCUCCCAAGGGAUGUGUCACAGUACUGGAAGGAUUUUAGGCUUGUCAUUUACGGGUCUCGUCGCCCUCAAACUAUGAAAGGCGGGGGGUUCGGUCAGUAUUGGACAGUUUCUCAUGUUGCCUGUUCUCUAGUGCUUACGUGAGGAAAAUACUUUGAAUGUUUGUGGAUCAAGUGGAAAAUGUGUGAUGUAGUGCUUUAUGGGACAAAGUGGGACCAAGGCGUCACGUUCAGUUACCAAUUGUUUUGUACAGUAUAAACAUUAUCUUAUUUACGAUUGUUGCAUCGCUUCAAGCGAAAUGUUUAAUUGUUAUAAAGUGAAAAAACGGUUUUAUCGACUUACGUACCAUGCGUUCGUCUUGUUGAGCUUUUGCAAAACGAAAAGUUUCACUGUAAAAGCCAUGAUUAGUUAUGACGUAUACACGUCAAAGAUAUUUAUUUAUGUUAACAAGAAAUGAGAGUUAAUAAAUCGAUAAAUAUUUUUGGUUUUCGUCGAGUUUUUAUAUAGUUCGAGCCCACGCCGCAUGUAGAAUUCCAAUUUGAGUCUGUUCGAUUAGACAACAUAAGGUUUUCAUUACACUUUUUAUUUGUACAUUUCAGAAUGAACAGUAUUUCGUUUGAGAUCUGACAUUUUUAAAGUGUUUAUUUGACUCGUUCUUAUCUUUAUACAUUCUAUGGAAUCGCGAUGCCUCCAAUGAACACUACUCUAACUCAAAAUUUUUAGAUUUUCGUUUUUCACACAAAUCACUACACUAUUUUAAAAGUA